CGUAGCUCGGCACAGAGCGAGCGGCAACUGGCCGGAGCGGGCGGGCGCAGCGCGGAGGCCCGGCCAUGGCCACCACCAGCACCACGGGCUCCACCCUGCUGCAGCCCCUCAGCAACGCCGUGCAGCUGCCCAUUGAUCAGGUCAACUUUGUAGUGUGCCAACUCUUUGCCUUGUUAGCAGCCGUUUGGUUUCGAACUUAUCUACAUUCAAGCAAAACUAGCUCUUUUAUCAGACACAUAGUUGCUACCCUUUUGGGCCUUUAUCUUGCAUUUUUUUGCUUUGGAUGGUAUGCCUUACACUUCCUUGUACAAAGUGGGAUUUCCUACUGCAUCAUGGUCACAGCAGGAGUGGAGAGCAUGCACCAAUGUUGUUUUGUGUUUGCUUUGGGAUACCUCUCAGUGUGUCAGAUUACUAGAGUCUAUAUCUUUGAUUAUGGACAAUAUUCUGCUGAUUUUUCAGGCCCAAUGAUGAUCAUUACGCAGAAGAUCACUAGUUUGGCUUUCGAAAUUCAUGACGGGCUGUUCCGAAAGGAUGAAGAACUGACUCCGUCGCAGAGGGAACUGGCUGUGAGGCGCAUGCCAAGUCUGCUGGAGUAUGUAAGUUAUACCUGCAACUUCAUGGGCAUCCUGGCAGGCCCGCUCUGCUCUUACAAAGACUACAUUACUUUCAUUGAAGGCAGGCCAUCCCACGUGGCACAGUCCAGUGAAAAUGGAAAAGAAGAGCAGCAGCAUGAUAGGGCAGAUCCGUCUCCAAACGCAGCAGUUACGGAGAAGCUCUUAGUCUGUGGACUCUCGUUAUUGUUUCACUUGACCAUCUCCAGCCUGCUACCCGUGGAGUACAACAUCGACGAGCAUUUCCGAGCCACCGCGUCGUGGCCGGCCAGAGCCACCUAUCUCUAUGUCUCUCUUUUGGCUGCCAGACCUAAGUACUAUUUUGCAUGGACCUUAGCUGAUGCCAUUAACAACGCUGCCGGCUUUGGAUUCAGAGGCUACGACAGGAGUGGAGUGGCUCGUUGGGACUUAAUUUCUAAUUUGAGAAUUCAGCAAAUAGAGAUGUCAACAAGUUUUAAGAUGUUUCUCGAUAAUUGGAAUAUCCAGACAGCUCUUUGGCUCAAAAGGGUGUGUUAUGAGCGAGCAACCUUCAGCCCAACAAUCCAGACAUUCUUUCUCUCUGCCAUUUGGCAUGGGGUCUACCCAGGAUACUAUCUGACAUUUCUAACAGGAGUGUUAAUGACAUUGGCAGCCCGGGCUGUGAGAAAUAACUUUAGGCAUUAUUUCAUUGAACCCCCUCAACUUAAGUUCUUUUAUGAUAUCAUCACGUGGGCGGUGACACAGCUGACAAUAAGUUACACGGUGGUGCCGUUCGUGCUUCUUUCUAUAAAACCAUCGUUCACGUUCUACAGCUCCUGGUAUUAUUGCCUUCACAUCUGCAGUAUCUUAGUGUUGCUGUUACUGCCUGUGAAAAAAUCUCAAAGAAGAAAGAGCACACAGGAAAACGUUCAGCUCUCACGGGCCAAAAAGUUUGACGAAAAAGAAAACUCUCUGGGACAGAACAGUUUUUCCAUGACAAAUAAUGUUUGCAAUCAGAACCAAGACACUGACUCUAGACACUCCUCACUAACGCAGUGACUGGGAACCCAGGUGAUGGCUGUUUCCCCAUCUCUGAGCAGAAACCAGUCUUGACGCCUUUCCAGAGCCUCCUGUUUAAGGAAAAGAGACUAACUGGGUGGGAAUGGGACAGUUUCAGCCGGGGGUUUCCUGUACACCAGAUUGGAAAUGGAAUGAAAUAACCCCUCCCAUGCCAUGUUCUGUGGGUCACGCCUUACACAAAAUCUUUCCAUGUUUCAACAGGGCACUCUGACCUCAGCAUACGCCCUCAAGGUCAUACGUGUGCCCUGUUGCUGAAUGUACAUUGCGUAUCCCAAGGCACUGAAGAGGUGGAAAAAUAAUCAUGUCAAUCGGGAUGGUUGAAAGAUUAACUUUUUCCAAAUGAAUGUCUUGCCUUAAACCUUCUGUUUCCUAAAAUGUUGUUCCUGGAUGGGAUUUUCAAGUGUAAUAGUAUGGGGAGACAGUUUCAAUAUUUGAUACGGUGUGCUGCAAAGGGGGAUUGAGGAGUAGCUUAGAAACAAAUAUUUAAGAGUGUGGGUACUUUCAAAAUGCAAUAAACACCUCAGUAUUUGAAAGGUUUCUUAAGGUCUCUCCGAGGGCUGCGCACACGGUGUAAACAUUCAGGACUAAAUUACAGGUAGCGUGUUUUGCCGGGAGCUUAAUUACCUGGGAUCAGUUGGGGGCCCUUCCAGGAGGACUCUCUUAAACAUAAUGAAAGGUUGGCAAUGUGAUAUUUUAGGCUUAUUUUCUUAAAAAAAAUAAAAUAAUUAGAGGGAAGAUGAGGUAAGCAGGCCAGAAUGAAGAAUGUGUGGCCCAGGGGCAGAGGACUUCCCCCUCCAGUGUCUAAGAUUAAUGUGACUGUGGGGGACACAAAGUUUGAUAAGUUGGUAAUGCUAUAGACUCUCUGAAGAAAUUUCUUGAGCAUAAAUUGCUUAGAAUUAGAGGGGUUAUAAGAGUAACCGUGGUAGAGGGGUUCAAAGAUUUUGAAUGAAAUCUCUAGUAAUUAAGGUUAUUAUAUGGUUCAUCAGUUUCCUGUCCCUGUCAUUUUCAUUGCUAUCUGGGAGAGAUUUAGGGAAAAGAAAACUUAGUUGAUGAGUCUAAAUGACAUUUUUUUAAAACUAAUAAAUUAGUUUUUACACUCUUCAUGCAUUAAAAUUCUUCAGUUAAACUCUUGUUAAAAUGGAUGUUAAAUUCUCUCAAAACAAGUGUGUGUUUUCCUUUUAGGGCUCACUGCUGCCCUGAGUGACUGGAUAUGUCUUAAAUCCCACAGCAGUGUGCUACAGCAGCCAUAAGUGAGGGGUGGUUUGAGGCUGUAGAACUGAGCCUGGGCCUGUAGCUUCUGCCUUGUGAGACCUAAAGGCUGGGCUGUUAUUUGACCAAUCUCCUUUGUGAAAUUAGUUCUGGUUUUGCCUUAAUAUUUCAAACAAACUGCAGAUUGUCAGUCUACAAUGAGUUGGUUUUUGUUUUUUGUCAUGAAUACAUUUGUAAGUAAAGUUAAGGAGGAACCAGCAAUUGUGGUAUAAACUUUAAGGUGUCAGUGGAAGAAGAACACCAGCAUGGCAUUCUAGGACUUCAGAGGCACAUGACGUGUUUGCUUUUCUGAAGGCUAAUUCUUUGCCUCUGAUGAGGAGAGUCCUCCCCUUACCCCUCCCGCAGGAAAAGGCCAGUAAAUACCUUUUCUUAGUUUCCCCAUCAAGCUGUGGAAUUCGAGAAGAAAGAAAAAAGUGUUUUAUGGAGAGUGUCUGUCCCUAAAUGUCUCUGAGAUUUCAUGGACUUGAUGGAGAAUCCAGUCACUAAUGGUCAAGAAAGCCCGAGGCAUUAUUUCAUAAGUAAAAGCCAGUGAAACUGCUGAAGGCUUGCUUGGUCUCUCCAACCGAAUGACCCCCAUUUAUUUCUGUUACGUGCACACGUUUUAUUUCUUGGUCUAUACUCUGAGUCACUCUUGCCUGUUUCCUGUCAAGGAAGACAGUUGACAAAUGUUCUGGUUCCCAGCAAUACACAGCU